ACUAAAACGAUAACUGGAAUAUUAACUGAAAUAAACGUGCGUGCGUCAUGUACCAGAGUCCCUUCCGGUGUUGCUUGAAGUAAGCGGGAUGUCGACAUUAGCGAGUUAGCGUCUUUGCAGACCAAAGUGUCCCAACUUCAAAGGUGCUCUGGAUGGCGGCGGAGCGGGCGGAAGCGGAGGCGGAGGUCCCGGAGGACGCCGUGGGAAGGCGGGUGUCGUGCGGCCAGCACCGGGCCACGGUCCGCUUCGUGGGCCCCGUGCCGCCCACUGCAGGUGUGUGGUUGGGCGUGGAGUGGGACGACCCCACGCGAGGGAAACACGACGGGUGCCACGAUGGCGCGCGCUACUUCAUGUGCAGGCACCCGACGGGCGGCUCCUUCGUCCGGCCGUCCAAGGCGAGUUGGGGCGUGGACUUCCUGCGGGCGGCGCGGCGCGUGUACGAUGUGGAUGCCGAGGCGGUGCUCGGCGAGGAGAUCACCGUCUCCAGCAAAACACUUGAGUGGGCCGACGUCAGGGAGCGCAGUUUGGAAAGUCUUCCGAGCAUUCUGCUCAAAAACUGCCUGGUGAACGGAGCGGGAGAAGAUGGGCAGAUCCUCCAAACCACGCCCAACGUGCGCUGGUUGGACCUGAGCGCCUCCCUGCUGUGCCGCUGGGAGGACGUGGCCGCAAUCGCUCGGCAGCUGGAAUGUCUGGAGGCGCUUCUGCUCAGCUCCAACAGACUACGUUUACCCUCCGACCCCGCGGCCCACCGCCAGGCCUUCCGCAACCUCAAAGUUCUGACGCUCAUCGGUUGCGAGCUCACGUGGCCGCAGGUCCUGCGGUGCGCCCCCAUGUGGCCGAAGUUGGAGGAGCUCAUCGUGGAGGACAACCACAUCACACACUUGGACAGGCCCGAGGGUGUCCUGCAGGAGCUCAAGUGUCUCAAUGUGUCCAAAAACCCUCUAGACCAGGACAGCCUGCUCAACCUGGCCGCUCUGCCGAGACUGGAGCAGUUAAUCAUGACUGACACGGGGUUCUCCAGCAUUCACUUCCCCGAUGCCGCGCCAGGACUGGAGACGUCCACGUUCGCGUCACUGGAGAAGCUCAACUUGAACUGCAACAACAUCUCUGAGUGGGUCGUGAUCGACGAGCUGUCCAAGUUGGCGUCGUUGCGACAUCUUUGGUGUCGAGGAAACCCGUUGGCCAGCGCCGACCGCAACCCUAGGACGGCCAAUCAGAUGCUCGUCGCAAAGCUGCCGCACCUACGGGUCCUCGACGGAUGCGAGGUGACCCCCGAGGAGAGGAGGGGUGCGGAGUUUGACUACCUGAAGAUGUUCGGCGAGGAAUGGCUGCAGGCCAGGGGGCAGAGUCAGCUGAGCCAGCAGUUCGCCAGUCGGCAUCCGCGUUACAGCAGCCUCGUUGACAAGUACGGCGCUCCAGACGAAGGCGAGCUAACGAAGCGUCAACCAUUUGCGCUUAAGAAUCAGCUGUUAAAAAUCACCUUUGUGUUUGUGGACGAUGCGGCGAGGACGCCAGUGGAGAAGAAACUUCCAGCUUCCAUGGAAGUCCAGAAGGUCAAAGGUCUUCUGUCCAGAAUCAUGAAGGUCCCCGCGAGCGACCUGAAGCUGAGCUACACCAGCGCCAAGGUUGUGGGUCCAGAGUACCACAUGGACAGUGACCUCAAGACUUUGUUCUUCUACGCCGUGGAGGACGGCGACACGGUCCUAGUACGACGCUCGUAAACACACACAAACACAGGAACGCUACGUCAACACACAUGCCACCAACAUAUACGCAACAAACACACAUAACAAACGCACAGGAAUGCAUGCUUACACAACAAACAAAGAAAUGUGCACACACAUACAACAUACACACACAACCAACACAGAACCAACAAACACACACACACACACCACACAUGACUAAAGUCGGCCAUCGUUUUCGACUUUGGUCUUCCCGACGAUGACAUUGCUGGCAUCUCUCGUUUCCAUGGCAACCACCGCAUCGUGACUACGGCCGGGACGCCUUGUCUGUUAGCAAUAGCAACAUGCUAACAGUACGCAUCAUGUUACUCUAGUUUACUAAUACAAUAAACUCCAAAUGUGAUCAACAUAAAAUGGUUUAUUUUAU